GUGAGUUUGUCUGUCUGGUGUUGCCGUUUGCACUGAACGCAGCCAGCUUCUGCAAUGAAAUCAGACACCUCUGUCGGUCUCUCUGCACACAUGGCUGGCUGAUCGCUCCCAUUCGGAUCUCCCUCCCCCUGUCUGUUCCUUGUCCUUCACUCGAGUGCGAGUGUCUGAUCCACCGCCGCCCAGUCUGGCGGCGGCGCCAGCGACACUCGUAUCCUUCUGCUGCCCUCGGGGCUGUCACGGGGGUGGAAGGGGUCCGGCACCUCCAGAUGGAACAGCUGCACACCGAGGGAUGUCACUGGAUGCCGCGAAUCGGAAGGGGUGUCGUCUUUUGCCGAUGCGGAGCUGGGUUCGUUGGCGAGCCAGAUGUCACGGCUGCAGCUGGGAUGGUAGUAGGCGUCGCCGAUGACAGGACAGCCGGCCUCGGCGAAGUGGACCCGUAUCUGAUGCGGGGCGUGGCUGUGCAGCUGAACGUGAUAAAGCGCAUAUCGCCCUCCAGAAGGUGCGCCGCCGUCCGACUGAGUCCUUCUCCGCCGUCCGCGCGCUCGCCUCCGCCUCACCGCCCCCAUCCCUGCUGACCGGCCAGCAGCGGCCGACUCGGCCACCAGCUCGUAUUCCGUCACGGCCAAGCGGCCGCAGGUGGCUGUGUCGGGCAAGGAAGGGCGGAGGCGCUGAGAGGCAGCUGUGAGGCUCUGGAGAGAGGGAUGACAGGGGACGAGAGUACACCAUUCCAUUGGUGGCUGUUGGUUGCUGAUUGGUAUCUACUUGCUCUGCUCACUUUUGCCAGUGUGUUGAGAAGCGGGGGAGGGACGCCAUCGCCAUCAAGGGCACGCUGCGCCUCCUUCCUGCACACCCACACACCCACAUCACAACCGCCCACGACAGACAGACAGCAAUGUCCUGCCGUGCAGCGGAGCGACAUUCACGCACCGGUGCAGGUCUCCGAUUCGCCGGAGGAAGCGCUCCACGUCCGUCUCAUUUUCCGCCCCGCCAUCCACAGGCGACUUGGUCCGCCCCUUCUGCCGCCUUCUCAGCGUCCGCCCGUCGCGACCGACGCCGCCCUCGCCCAUCCACUCAUCGAUGACGUCAUCGAGCAACCUGAAGUCCAAAACCCGCACACACACUACAAUACACCCUCACGUCAGCAAUCGGUGUAGUUUGUGUCGUUUUCUCGUUCACUCGUCUGGUGCGGCGGCCGGCUGGUCGUCGACGGGAUGGUAGGCACGCAGGUGCAGGGGGCGGGGGCGGAUGUAUGACUUGAGGAAGCCGUACCUGCGGAGCGACACUCCGUCGGUCGCAAAGAGGCUGCCCUGCAGAGACCCAACGCAGGGCCUGUCGACUCCCUGAUGAUGGUAGGAAGGUGGCAAUGGAGAAGACGAGAAGAUGCAUUUGCAUGUGGCUGAGUGUGCAGUGGUCGACUCACUCACUGACCAGGAAGGGGAGUGCUUGCAGGUGCUGGCUGUCGGCGUCUGAGAGGGGAUGCUGGGAGGAGGGGAUGCAUGACAUGUCCGCCAGCACACGAUACCUGCACAAGACAGACAAACAAGCAGCGGAAGCGAUGAGUGAAUGUCUGGUGAGGUGUGCAAAUGGCCGACCGACCGACCGACCCACUCACCCACCCACCUCCGUAUGAUGGCAUCGUCGCGAUACAGACGUGCUGAAUCAAACGGGCAGGCAGGCAGGCAAUGAAGAGAAAGCGAAUGGCAUGUGAUAUGUGCCCACACACGCCCCCGUCAUUAAUGCAUUCCCCUUCGUCACUCAGCAGGCGGUGGGUGAAGGCGUCAGUGGCAACGGGAACCAACCCCUGCAUCCACACACAACCACAACCACAACCACAACCACAACCACACACAACUGAAGCGAUUCACAUAUAUGCGGCCGUCUUGUGCAUGCUGCCCACCCCACCCCACCUGCACAUCUUUCUCCAUUCUGAGAGGGAAGUAGAGUGGCCUGUCUGCGAAGGGCUGCAAGGCGGUCUGCACUGAGGGAUGAGUGCCGGAGGCCGCCAGCAGGAAGCCGGGCGGCUUGUGCACCACGAACCACCGGUCAGUCAACUCGCCCCACACCAAAGGCACCUCCACCCGACUCAGUGCGUUCCGCAUCGACUGACUCAGGCGGCAGUUGAUUCGUGCAGCUUGAACCAAGCCUCUCUGCAGAUCUUUCCCUGUUUCCUGUCCUUUUAAGCUCGCACCGCGGGUGAAUGCAUUCAUCUUGGCGUUCUGUGCGCU